AUGUGGCGGUCCUGGGGCGCGCAGAGCGCGCAAGGCAGCAUGAGCAUGGCCGCCUGGCCAGGACACAUGGGCUGGGGCCAAUGGGGGCAAGGUAUGCCCGCCUGGCCCGGCGCCCGCGAGGACCGGCCCGGCGUCAGCAUGGGCUCCUACGAGGGCAACACAGGCUGGGCCAUCGCCGAGCGGGACGAUGAUGACAAGCCGCCGGAGGAUGUGCCGAUUUUCUUAGAGCCUUCUGUAGAGGACGAGGUGGCGGUGCCGAAGGCGCUGUUGGGCAAGGUGAUCGGAAAACAGGCGGCCACAAUUAUCGAGAUCCGAGAAAAGAGUGGUGCCUUCAAGGUAGACGCCCGUGACCAGACCUCGGACCCCUGCAUGGUGAAGGUGGCUGGUACUGCGGAGGCGGUGACGAAGGCCAAAGAGUUGAUCCUCGAGCUCAUCGACCAGACCAAGUCGAAGCACCAAAGCUCGCACUACGUGGAGAUCCCGCGCUCCAAGAUCGGCAUGGUCAUCGGGCUGAAAGGAGCGCAGGUGAACGAGGUUCAGCAGCAGACACACACCAAGAUUGAUGUGGACUUCGACACCGACCCUUGCAAGUGCUAUAUCAAGGGCGACGCCGACAACGUGGAUCGUGCCAAGAAGGUGCUCCUCACCAUCGCCAUGCAGUUGGAGGACGAUUUGUCCGAGUACCUCGACCUGCCGAAGAACGUGUCGGGCGCCCUCAUCGGUGCACAAGGCUCGCGGAUCCGGCAGUUCCAGGAUACCAGCGGGGCUUGUGCGAAGCUCCAGGCGCGGAUCGACAUCGACAAGUCGGGGCCCCGCUGCAAGGUGCGGCUCACAGGCACCAAGGAAGCCAUCACCAUCGCGAAGUCCUUGAUCCAGGCCGAGCUGGAUAAGAACAUGGUCCCGACGAAGACGCCGGCCGCUAUGACGACGUCGCACGGGCCCGUGGCGGUGCCAGCGCACCAGCCCAACAGCUUCCCGGCCACGCUGUCCGAGUCCAUCGCGCGGGCGAGGGCUGCUGCAGAGGCGGUGAAGCAUGGGCUUAUCCCUACCUCCCAAGAGACUUCGCCGCUCCCGCCGCCGCCGCUGGUCGUCCCGCCGCCGCCGCGGCCUCCCCCGCCGGGCGCGGGCUGCGGAGGAAACCCGUGGGGCGGUGGCUGGUGA